UUCGAUACUUGUUUGGUAGUGGGGAAUUGAUUAUACUGAUUAAUAAACUAUUCCUUAAUUUUAUAAAUAAUUAAUUGUCUCUUCGAUUCGCAUUUUAGUUUCGAUCUAAGUGCAGUUCGUGUCGAUCUCCAAAAGUAGUUUCCGCUGUAACGUCAUAAGGUUGCUAGGAAAUUGUGUUUAAAAGAAAAUUCUCAUUUCUGACAUCAAUCAAAUUCAAAUUUCGAAAAUGCAAGAAGAAAAAAAAUUAAAUGGUCAUGCUAAACCAGUGCGAGUGUGGUGUGAUGGCUGUUAUGACAUGGUACACUUCGGUCAUGCCAACUCUCUACGUCAGGCCAAAGCUCUGGGCGAUUACCUUGUGGUAGGUAUACAUACAGAUGAGGAAAUUUCCAAACAUAAAGGGCCGCCCGUCUUCAACGAGCAAGAACGGUACAAGAUGGUGAGAGCAAUAAAAUGGGUCGACGAGGUUGUCGAAGGAGCACCGUACGUAACCUCUUUGGAAACGCUGGAUAAGCACGGUUGCGACUUCUGCGUGCACGGGGAUGACAUAACCAUGACAGCCGAUGGCGUUGACACUUAUCACAAGGUGAAAACGGCGAAUAGAUACCGAGAAGUACAAAGAACCGCAGGCGUGUCUACCACCGAUCUAGUUGGCCGAAUGCUGCUCCUAACCAGGAAUCACUUUCGACAAGGUCAGUAUGAAUAUUCAGUUGACAGCGGUCACUCAUCUUCAAUGGGUCAAGACUCCUCGGCUCGUUCACCAUGGACCGGUUGCUCCCAAUUCCUCCCCACUACCCGGAAAUUAAUUCAAUUCUCCGAUGGAAGAUCACCUCUUCCUACCGACAGGGUGGUGUACGUAGCUGGAGCCUUUGACCUAUUCCACGUCGGGCACUUGGAUUUCUUAGAGAAGGCUAGAGAGCUCGGCGACUUUCUGAUUGUGGGUUUGCACACCGACCCGGUAGUGAAUAGGUACAAAGGUUCCAACUAUCCCAUCAUGAACCUGCACGAACGCGUUCUAAGUGUGCUAGCUUGUCGAUACGUGUCAGAGGUGGUGAUCGGUGCCCCGUAUUCCGUUACCAAAGACCUCAUGGAUCAUUUUAAAGUACAUAUUGUUGCUCACGGGAGCACGCCGGUGGCACCUGACGAGGACGGUCGAGACCCUUUCCUUUAUCCGAAGGAAAUCGGGAAGUUCGUCACUUUGGACUCUGGUAAUAGCAUGACUACAGAAAAAAUUGUGGAAAGAAUCAUAAGGAAUCGGCUAGAGUAUGAAGCCAGAAAUGUUAAAAAGGAAAAGAAAGAGAUGGACUUGAUAAAUGCUAUGGAAGCUCAAAAAAAUAACAGUUGUAAAGGAGAUGUGCUAAAAAUUUCCGCAUGAGUGUGAUGUCCAGGUGAAGGAUUUUAUUUUUCUUUCUGUUCGCCAAGUUUCAUCAAAAUCAUCACAUCGGGGUUUUUUCUGCUUUAUUUCAUCAAAUACUCAGUUUGAACAAAAAAUAUAAUAUAUGUACGUAUUUCAUUUCAUUGCCAUAUUGUUGGAAUUAGAUUAUAAUAGUACACAUUUUUCUUUUCAUUCCAUUGGGUAGAAAUGUAUAGGUAUAAAAAUCAUCAAUUUUGAAUAUUUGUAAUGAUUAGUAAUGCUUUUGCUAAUUUUAAUCAAUUCCUCAUGUGAUAAAAAUCGAGGUUACAGCCAGUAUGCAUGUUAAUCAUACAAACCAUAUCAUGUAAUACAUCUAAUUUUUUUUCAGAGAUAUUUGAUUCAAUUUCAAGUUUCUCAUCUCGAAUGAUUAUUAUCAUCAAUAUUUUCUAAUAUAAGUUUUAUAUUUUUAGGAUAUUCAAGCCAAAGUGUUUGUCACUGAACGAAUAUGUUGAAAUUUUUGUAGUCUAGCCAAAUAUCACUUUUAACUAUGUGGAUAUCAACGAUUGUAGGCUUGCAGGAUACACAAGUUUGCUGUGUUGAUAUUGUUUUAUCUUUACAUUUUAAGUUGUUUUUAUUUUUGUAUAAUAUUGUACUUUAUUUAACUGUUAAUAUAUAAAAUUUUUAUUGUU